UCUCGCUUCUCGCUCAGGCGUCUCGAUCCAGCCCACCAUCCAGCCCACCGUCUCCUCUGCCAUCCGGUCUGCCAUCUGGUCUGCCAUCCAGCCUGCCAUCUGGCCUGCAUCUGCUCGACUCUCCGGCCGUGCUGUCAUCGCUAUGCUAUCGUCCAUCCUGCGCACCUCAUUGCUCGCCCUGCUGCUCAGCAGCGUUGCUGUCGCAACCUCCUACGCCAACAACAACCAGGGCAACUCGGGUCAGUCCGGCGAAAUCCCGGCCCGACACGACUACAAGCAGACCUUCAAGAAGCCCUACUACCUCUACAACGACAACCACACCAUCCCGUACUGGAACACCCACGGAAAUGCCCUGCUCGGACCCUCCUACAUCCGCUUGAGCCCGAGUGUUCCCAGCACCCUCGGCGCCAUCUGGUCGUCCGUGCCCAACCCACACAAGGAGUGGGAAGUCAUCAUCUCCUUCCGAGUCUCUGGCCGCGAUUACCUCGGUGGAGACGGCUUUGCCUUCUGGUACACCCAGGAGCACGACGAGAUGGGCCCCGUCUAUGGAUCCAGGGAUUACUGGCACGGCAUCGGAAUCGUCUUUGAUACCUCGGACCAGAAGGAGAACCGCUACAUUCCCCUUAUCUAUGGCAUUCACAACGACGGACACAAGAGCCUGGCUCAUCGCGAUGACUACAUCUCGCAGACUUUCGGCGCCUGCUUCCGCGACUAUCGCAACAGCCCCAACGACGUGAACAUCAAGAUCGUCUACUCCAACAAGAACCUGAAGGUUCUUGUCGACCUCCGUCAGGGAGGACACGGAUACACCGAGUGUCUCACAUAUGAGGGGGUCGAUCUCCCGACGGGCUACCACUUUGGUCUGUCUGCCUCUUCCAGCGCACACGGACACGACGAUCACGACAUCAUCUCCUUCGAUACCUACGAGCUCAACCCUGCUGGUGGCAACAAGAACAAGGGAUCGAGCGACUUCCAUCUCAGCGACGAUAUCAAGAAGAAAAUCAACUUUAUCGAGCACCAGACGCAAGAGCUCCUGGAAGCUGAGGAGGAAGACGACGCCCCGGAGGGCUACCAGGAGGUCAUCAAUCCCCAUGUGAUCCAGGGCAUCCAGGAAAACCAGUUCAAGAUCAUCGAAUCCCUGAACAUUCUCGAGCACACUUUGAACAGCGUCUUUGAGAACACCGGCAACUCGCAUGAGGCUGGACGAUCCCGCGGUGAUAAGCUCGAUGCGAUCGAACGCAAGCUGGGCGAGCUCGAGCAGAAACUGGAGAUCCUCACUACCGCCAUCGCGCACAUGACGAGCUCGGGCAACAGCCAGAUCCAGAACGUCAAGGACAAGAUCGACACCGCCCAUGAGAUCCUGCAAAAGACCCAGCAGCACACAUCCUACACGACCUGGCUCAUCAUCGGGUUCGUUGUGCUCUUUGUGGGCUACGCUGGCUAUUCGGUCUACCGAAAGAACUUUGAGGAGAAGCACAAGAAGUACUUCUAAACGCCACCGGCCCGGAUGCCACGGCCAAUUUGGACGCCUCUCACCGGUUGCUCGGCGAAGCGGCCCUGGUUAGACUCUGCUGCCUAUACGAUCAUAUUCUCUGUUCGCCGAACGGCUCCUUUGAGCCACGGCGGUUGGCUGAUGAUUAUACUCCUUCCGGACUCUUUGAUUUCUUCCUUCCCCCCUGUUCUCUCUGGUCUCUUCCCGCUCCAUCGCGCUAUGCUGUGCUGUGCUGUGCCUUGGUACAGCCGACUCUCCGUCUGUCCUUGCCAUCCUUCCAUCGACUUGAGUUCAUCCCAGUAACAACCCGGUCCUUGCCCCAGCCGACCUUGUCUUGCCUCUGGCCUCUGCUCACCCUUGUUCCCGGCCUCCUCUCCCUAUCCGUAAUAUCAUCUGGAUGGCUCUCCCUCAGUGCUGGACUAAUAAACGGACUCAGGGACUCGUCCAUGGCCCGGGAAGACAGCUCUGGAUCGAGGUCAUAUCGGA